CAAGACGUGGUCCCGGUUCUUGGCCACUUCCUCUCUUCUGUUCUCUUUCUCACACACACAGAGGCACAGAGGAGGGUUUAAGCCCUGCAGCAGCCGGAGCUGCGCAAGAAAGCUCUCAGCAUCCUGGGACUUUUCAGACAGUUUUGCGGAGUUCCUGAAGCAUUCCUCAUCUGAAGCCACCAUGAAAGCAGGCUUCCUCUUCUCCCUCUUUCUCUGCAUUCUAGCUCAACUCUCAGAAGCCCAGUACCACUACCAGAGCCUGAUGAACUACCUGGAAAGCCGGAUGCUUGCCAUGGAGGAACGUAUCGCCCUAUGGCACGAGCAGAACGACCGCUACAACUCAGACCUGAAGAAAUUCAAGCAGCAGGCUUCAGAGCUACUGGAGAAACUGGGCAAGGACCACGCCAAACUGCGGCUUGACCUGGAGGGCGCAGGAGUGCGGGUGGACCGUGUCGAGCGAGAGAUGGACUACAUUGAGACCAAGAACCCACCCAAACCAUGCGUUAAAGCAGCAGAUAAAAUGGUGGAGCAGGAAGCAGUGGUCAAAGAGAAGAAGAAAGAGGAGUUCUUUGAGCUCUCUGUUUGCCUUGACAUUGUGUCAAACAUCCGAGCGAUGAAGAUCCUGAAAAGGGUGGGCAGCACCAAAGGAGUCUGGACCAAAGAUUCUAGGACCGCCAAGGUCUAUGUCUUCAAUGGAACUUCAGAGGAUAUGGUGUAUGAGUUCAACUCAGUGAAGGAACUUUCGGCAUCACUAGGAGUGUCCAAGGGCAAGCAGAUUAUCCUCCCUUCCUUCUGGAAUGGAACUGGACAUGCUGUCUACGAUGGCUUCCUGUACUAUGUAAGCGAGAGAUCAGAGUUGCAGGUGGUCAAGUUUGAUCUAAAGAAUGGUUCAAUGGCAGACAGCGCUGUUCUUCCAGUGGAGGCCCAAACCCCAGUCUACAGCCUCAACCCUGAGACCCUGGUGGACCUGAUAGCGGAUGAGGAUGGUCUAUGGGCUUUGUACCCUGCGGGCGACACCAUCAACCUGGCCAAGAUGGACUCUGACACUUUGGACAUUGAACAGAUGUGGGACACAUCGUGCCCUAGGAACAAUGCUGAAGCUGCCUUCAUUGUGUGUGGCACGGUGUAUGUGGUCUACAACACCAGGCCCCCAAGUCGUUCCAGGGUACAGUGCGUAUUUGACGUGAAUGACAUGGUGAUGGGUGAAGAAGCCCCAUUGCUGUACUUCCCCAGGCGCUUUGGUGCUCACUCCAGCCUCAAGUACAACCCUGUGGAGAGGCAGGUUUACGCAUGGGAUGAUGGUUACCAGAUCCUUUACAGGCUGGCCCUGAAGAAAAAGCUGUGGGCGAUAGCGCCCCCACCAGAGGAGUGACUGCUACUGCAAAGAGCACUUAUUUAGACUGCAAAAAAUGCCUGACCAAAACGAUUGUACUGUACGAAAUCAUCUUUAUAAAUGUAGUUAUUGAUUUUCUCACAUUUUAUAAAACAAAAUAUGUAAAAUGCAGUAAAGUACAUUAACAUUUCA